AUGUUGGCUGGAUGCUUCCCUUUGCUAUAUGGAUUUCUCCUCUCUCUCUUGAUAUUUUUAUCGUUUCCCGUUACCAUCGCAACCAAUGUUUCGGCGUCUUUGUCCAUCGUUAAAAUUGGAGCUCUCUUCGACGAGGAGAAUGUAUCUCGAUAUUCGGGAGUGCUAACCCGCAGUAUAGAAGAGCUGAACGGUUCCGUUGCCGGAGUGCAGUUGGAUGAACCAGUCAUCCUCGGCGCUAGCUCCAAUCCAGGCCAUAUCUUAUCCCUUGUUUGCGAUGAAAUGAUAACCAAGAAUGUCUCAGCCAUUUUAGCAAUCUCCACGGAAACUACGCUUUUUAGCCUGUCCAUGGUAGGGGAAUUUUUAUCUACACCGAUUGUCGGUAUCGGGAGUCGUUCUUUUUCCUUUUCGAACAAGAACGUCCACCCGAUGUAUCUUCGCUUAGAGUCGGCAGAGAGUUUCCAAGCGUACGCCAUCAAAAAAAUCCUUCAUCGUAAUGGGUGGUUCCAGUAUUCCAUUCUUGCAAGUGAAGAGACGCCAUCGCAGGCAUUUCUACAGUACUUAACCAACGUCACCUCAUCCCUGACAUGGACAGUCAAAGGCACGGUUUUUUCUCGUGAUAAACGUGACAUAGAUCACGUGUUACACAGCGCUGCCAAAAGCAAAACGCGCGUUUUUGUGCUGCACGCGACGCCGGAAUACUCGUCUUUAUUGUUUCGAGCGGCGAAAGACUUCGGUUUAUUGGACGCCGGCAAUGUGUGGAUAGUCGCAGAAACUGUUAUAACAAACCAACCUCAGUAUUUAAAACAUUAUCCAAUUGGAUUAAUUGCUGUACAGUUUGUAGACAGUGGUCAUAUAGAGUCAAAAAUUCACGAUUCCGUGGAAUUAAUUGCUAGGGCUUCCGUUAAUAAAAACUAUAUUUCCAACAUAGCGUCAAAUAAGAGUUGUUGGUCUAAACCAACACCGGAUAAAUUAGAGUAUGGCAGGGAAUUCUAUAGCGCCUUAGUACAAACGUCCUUUAUGGGCCAAACAGGAUAUAUUAAUCUAGAUGAAGAGGGAAACCUAAACAAUGCAACCUACAUAAUAUUAAAUUUAGUCAAAGACCAAAACAGAUUAUCCUACUGGAAAGAGUUGGGUAAAUGGGAAAACGGCGACUUUUCAAUGGAAGCAAUUAUCUGGCCUGGAAAUUCAGUCAGUUUGCCAAACGGAGUUAAUACGGAGAAGGUAUUGAUAGUCGCCAACAUAGAAAAGCCUUUUAUUGUUGUGUCUACGCCGCUGGACGUCUCCUUUGACUGUUUGACCGGCGUGUUGUGUUUGCAGGCUGUCAACGGUACAAGGGAAGACAUCGAGAAAGCAUUCGCUGAAUAUGACGAACCGACCGUACAUGGAAAUUAUACGGAUAUGAAACGUUGUUGCUCUGGGCUUGGCAUUGAUUUGAUUGAGAGCUUACGUAUCGACGUUGAAUUUAAUUAUAAUUUAUAUCUAGUGGCCGACGAGAACCAUGGUGCUUUCGAAAAUGGACAGUGGAAUGGUAUGGUUGCUGACCUUUUAAACGGUACAGCUGACCUGGCCCUCAGCUCAUUCAGUAUUACGUCCGAGAGAAGCAGGGUUAUUGACUUCAGCAGCCCAUUCUUCCACUCAGGGUUUUCUACAUUGGUUGCCAAAAAACAAGUGGAGCCGCAAUUGGAUUCCUUUUUAGAGCCACUGGAUUGGUCUGUAUGGAUCCUGGUAUUCGUCACUGUAAACAUAGUAGCUAUUGCCAUUACCAUCUUCGAAUGGAUGAGCCCAUACGGCUUGCACCCACGCGGUCGGAACCGACACUACACAUUUGGACUUCCAUCUGCGCUGAAUAUUGCGUUCUCUAUUCUGUUCAGUCACACUGUGAAAAGUAAGCCACCAAAAUGUAUGACUAGUCGCUUUCUCCUCAAUGUAUGGGGAGCAUUUUCAUUCAUCUUCUUUGCGAGUUACACAGCGAACUUAGCGGCUUACAUGGCUGGCCAAACGUCACAUUUGCAAAUAGAUGGGAUCAAUGAUGAGAAGUUCCAGUAUCCGUUAAGAAAGGGCAUCAAAUUUGCAACCCAGAAUGGUUCCAGCUGCGAGAACUACAUAAUGGAGAACUGGCCUGACGUGGGCAGGUUUAUGGAACCAUUUAACGUGGAGGACGCAGAUCAGGCUAUAGAGCAUAUUAAGAGUGGAAAAUUAGACGCAUUUAUAUACGAUUCGCCUGUGAUUGAAUACCGUAUGGCUAACGAUCCUGAGUGCCAGCUAGUUAGUGUUGGUAAACCAUUUGGAGAAGAAGGCUAUGGUAUUGGACUUCCAAAAGGAUACAGAAGACAUUUUCUGACACUGAACAGGAGGUGCUUGGUUACAGAAGAAAGGAAAGGAAAGGAAAGAGUGGAUCUCAGAGAACACUUUGGAGCUCAUAAAGGAAAGAAAAGUAGUGAAACAACAAACGCUAAGAGAAAAGGAAGAAAAAAGACGCAUACCGUGUUUCGAACACUACUGUGA